UGCUCGCCUAAUCUCUCCGCGGUCCCGCGCUCUCCUCCGUCAUCGACACGCCCGCGCCCACGCCGCACUUUCGCCACCCGCUAUCCUUCUCACUCUUCGACACACAGUCGCAUAGCUCUUCAGACAAGCGCGAAACCUCCGCCGACCUAUCCUCAUCGACAGCACACGCGAUUCUUGCUACUCGAGUACUCUGACAGCUAUCCCGCCUACGCGGCUCUCGCCACCUAUCUCUCAUCCAUCGCUGGGCCAUUCCUUACGCCCCGCGACUUUUCUCCUCCUCGGAGUCUUCCUAAGCUUCGCAGAAAGCGCGCCUUUAAAAACGCUUUGACUCUUCGCAGUCAUAGCGAGGUGCACUUCACGGAGCAAUAGGGACGUCUCCGAUUCCUCCACAGCACAUGAGCGGCUUUCUCUGGAAAUACUACCUCGAAGAUGAUGUCGAUGGCUUUCGACAGUUGCUGGAGGGUGCCACCUAUAGCGCGCGACCUGGCGCGCAAAGGAUUACCACCGGCGCGCAGAACAACCCGGGUGCCUUCAUAGGGAGCCCCGGCAGCCUUGGGACUUCCCCUACAGUGCUACCCAGGCCUCGUUUUGGCGGAACUCCAAGGUCUGCGGUCACGCUGACCCGGGCAGACAUCAAUUUCAAGGACGCGAAUGGCCUGACAAUCCUCCACCACGCCGCCACCUCGACCUCCGAGACCGCCUUCGCCUUUGCCACAGCCCUCCUCGAGCACCCUCUGACGGACCUCUACGCACAAGACCUUGAAAACGGAUGGACCGCCCUCCACCGAGCAUUCUACUUCGGCAAUGUAUCCAUUGCGCGCUCUAUAAUCGACCGAGACGUUCAGGACGCUUUAGGUCAUGGUGUCGGUGGCGUAGUACAAGGCGCUGGAGGAUUGAUAAAGAUCAAGGACAAGGAAGGCAAUGGUCCACUGGACGUUUUUGCCACGACAAUCAAGGACCGAACACUGCGGCCAGAGGGCAAUGAGAAAAGCGCGGACGAAGCAGAGGCCGAAGACGAUUUCGACUACGAUGAUCCGGGUGAUGGUGAAGAGAGGCACACACGAAGGAAACUGUCGCCGAUCACAGACAUUAAGGGAGACGAGCUUUUCACGUUUGGAAGCAACAGGAAUGUCACGCUGGGUUUUGGCGAUGAGGACGAUCGACAGUAUCCUGAGCGUGUCAUUCUACGGAGGCCGGAUCAUCUCCUUCGAAGGUUCUACCGCGAGCACCUUGAGCAGAAGCAUCACGCUUGGAUGGCAAUUGAUGCUUCGCUUGGUGACUUUUCACAAAUAGCGUCUUCCCAGAGCGUAGAGGUAUCGGCCCUGCCGACUUUCAUUCGGAGCACCCCCCUCAUCAUUCAGGAUGUUCAGAUGUCAAAACUCCACACUGCAGUCUUAACGACUGACCCUGAAUCUAAUCUGUACAUGUGUGGUCAUGGUCCUGGUGGCCGGCUUGGUCUGGGCCAUGAAAGGACUAAUUUCCAAUUCGCCUGUCUGGAGGGAGGAGCGUUGACAGGAAAGAAAGUCCUCACUGUUGCCUUAGGCCAGAAUCACUCCUUGGCUUUGUCGGACGAGGGAGAAAUCUUUUCCUGGGGCAACAACGGCUUUGGUCAGCUGGGAUACAGCUUACCAAAGACUGGUUCAAAUGACGAGGAUCCCAUUCAAACAUUGCCACGUCAAAUAUUCGGACCCCUGAAGAGGGAAGUUGUCGUUGGGAUUGCUGCCUCUCGGAUACAUUCCGUCGCUCACACCGCGACAGCCCUCUAUACUUUUGGUAAGAAUGAAGGCCAGCUCGGUAUCGUGGAUUCAGAUGCUCGUUCUCUGGAAAUGCAAAUUACUCCACGUAACGUUGCAGCCUCGCUUUUCUCAUCCCCGAUAGCCUCGGUCAACGCUAUCGACCGCGCCACGGUCUGUUUGCUCGAGAAUCACGAGGUCUGGGUAUUUGCCAAUUAUGGCUACGCAAAGUUGUCUUUUCCUCUGGACGGUUUCACGAACUACUUCCUCAAGUCCAGUUUCCUGACGACCAAGUAUGACACGACCCCGAACAGGAUUUGCAAAAUCACUUCGGGAGGCGACACCAUUUGCGCCAUGUCAAGUGCAGGCGAGGUAUUCACAGUCGCAGUGAGCAAGAGGACUGAGUCGGGCCAGGACAAGACAACGUCAACAACGAAUCCAAGCAAGAUUCGCGGAGCACUUUCUCAGCCCUACCGCAUAUGGUCGCUCAAGAAGGGUUACAUGGCCGCCCGUGAUGUUGAUGUUGAUCAGGACGGAUCCAUCAUCUUGACGACUGAAGCGGGCAGCGUAUGGCGUAGAGUAAAACGGACAAAGAUCAAGGAUGCCUCCGCCGCUGGGACUGGUGACUACAAGCCAAAAGACUACAAGUUUUCCAGGGUGCCUGGUCUCACUCGUGUGACGGCUGUGAGGGCCUCAGCAUUUGGAGCGUAUGCGGCAGUCAGAAAAGACUGCGAUGUCACGAAGAGUCAAAUCGUUGUCGACUCGCCUAUGCUGUGGGACGAUGUCUAUCCACUUUUACCAUUGAAGGGUUGGGCACAGUACGGGGAGGACUCUGAGGAUGAAGAACCGCUGCCAGCCUUCUGGACAAAACCUACCGAGAUACAGCGGAUCACAAAGCGCGCGCUUGAGUCGAAGGAUUUUGAGCAGGAGCUAACAAGCAUGCUUCGCACAUAUGUAGACGACAGUGAUAGCACCUACGACAUGGUGAUAGGGUCAACCGUCUCCGAUGUACGCGUACCGGUGCACCAGUGGUUAUUUGCCGGUCGCAGCAAAAUCAUGCGGCAAGGCCUAGCGGAGCUACGCCAACAUGGUAGCUUCAGUGUAUCAGAGGCUCUGUCUCUUGAACAGGACGAUCGUGGCCAGACUGUCGUCAUGCUUCAGGGUAUGGAUGUACUGACCUUGUUUGACCUUGUUUUAUACAUCUACACCGAUAACGUCGUCGACUUUUGGCAUUACACGCGGCAGUAUCCUCAGUUGGCGUUCCGGUACCGUCAAAUUCGGACGGAGCUUAUGAAGAUUUCUUCGCGGCUUGAAUUGAAGCAGCUUGAACCUGCGGUACGCCAAAUGGUCAGACCCAGGCGCUGCCUGACAACUGAUAUGGAGCUGGCUAUCAAAGAUUCCACCUUCUUUGACGAUGCCGAUAUCAUCCUCGAACUUGCCGAUGGAGAACUCCCUGUGCACAGCAGUCUCAUGGUCCAACGGUGUCCCUUCUUCGAGGGCAUGUUCAAGGGUCGCGCUGCCGGCCUAUGGUUAGCCGGAAGACGCACCGAAUCCGAGGAUACCAUUAGAAUCGACCUGAAGCAUAUCCAGGUGGACAUCUUCAAACUUGUUCUUCGGCAUCUUUACGCGGACUCCGGUGACGAGAUCUUCGACGACUUUGUAUCGGACAACCUUGGAGAUUUCCUUGCUCUAAGUGAUUUCUUGGAUCACAUCUUGGACGUCAUGUCUGUUGCUAAUGAGCUUAUGCUUGACAGACUCUCUCAAGUUUGUCAGCAAGUAAUUGGUCGCUACGUCAACGUGCGCAACGUCUGCCAAAUGUUAAAUGCGAUUUCCGCAUGUUCUGUUACCGAGUUCAAGGACGCGGCGCUCGAGUACAUCUGCCUAAGCCUCGAGGCUGUCUUGCAAAACGGAAUCCUUGACGAGUUGGAUGAAGAUUUGUUGUUCGAGCUUGAUCAAGUGGUUCGCGAGAACCAGUUGGCAUGCCUUCCUUUCGCGAGAAGUGGACGAAGCGAAGCAUUGCUGUUGGAGAAGUAUCCGGAGCUUGCUGAACGCAUUGAUCGCGGCAGGCAGGCCAAGAUUGAUUCAAUAGUUCUGCAAGGCAAGUACGCGGAUGCGGAUGCUCGGAUGUCUACCUCGCUGCGGGCUGGCAGCUUCGACGAGAGGUCACCUAUGCAGCAGAAGGCGCGAAGAUCGGGCAAAGACGUCAAAGCGGGAGCUGCCAGCCCUUCACUCACUCCUCUGAAAGGGAAGCAGUCUGCUGCCGACCUCAUGUUUGAUAUGGAUGAGGAUGGAGACGAUACCGGCAUCGACGAUAUCGACCUCGAGCUCGAUGAACCGCAGAGCGGCGGCCCUGUCAAGGCGUUUUCUCUUAACCCUAAGUCUCCUGCCAGCCCUUGGCAAGACAACAAAACAGCAAGUCUAGAGCCUACGUUCAUCAGCCCUUCCUCGGCCACACCAAACACGCUCGAGGCUUCAUCGUUGGCUGCGAAGGCGGCUCCCAUUAACAGAACUGCGGACAAGCCUUGGGGUGCUGCGCCAUUACAAUCAACCAAGCUAGAUAUGAAGGACAUCAUGGCUCAGGCUCAGACGUCAUCAGACAAACCUUCGGCCAUCUCAUUGGCUCUUUCCGCAGAGGCCAAGAAAGAGGAAAAGGCCAGCGGCUCAUCCAGUAUCACAAAGCUUUCGCAGAAAGAGCGCAAGAAGCUACAGCAAGCGCAGCAAGAAGCUCAAGCCCAGGCCCAAGCCCGAGCUGUCGCGAGCCUAGCCAACGAAUCGAAGCCUGCGUCACCUUGGCAGACGCGCUCUCCAAGUGCCCAGGUCGCGCUCAAGGACAUCUUGACGUCUCCACCUGCACUGUCCCCCAGUCCGGCGAGUCGUACGACAAGUGCACCGGCCCUCACUAUGCGCCAAACCAUUGCCAACAACGGCCCGACCGCAAAGCAAAAAGCCACUAUACCAGCAUCGCCAGCGCAGUCCACUCCGGCUAUCAACGCAGCGCAGGCAUCCCCCUCCGCAUCCACAGCCUCAGCGGUGCCCGCACGCAAACUCAGCGGACGUCCCGCACCCUCUCCACAACAAGCGAACGAGUCCUCAGCAACAACUCCCCGGCCCGCCUCGGGCAAAGGCUUCGCCAUCAGCCAGAGCACCGCGGCCGCAACGCCGCAGUCGAUCCGGCAUAUCCAGCAGGAGCAACGCGCCGAAGCGUCGCUGCAGCUGUCGAUGGCGGACAUCCUCUCGCAGCAGCAGGCCGAGAAAGACGUCAUCAAGGAGGCGGCCGCCAAGCGCAGCUUGCAGGAGAUACAGCAGGAGCAGGAGUUCCAGGAGUGGUGGGACAAGGAGAGCAGGCGGGUGAUGGAGGAGGAGGCGCGCGCGUCGCAGAAGGCCCAGAAGGGUUCUGGGAGGGGGAAGGGCGCGGGGAAGAGCGCGAAGGGCGGGGCUGGUGGUGGUGCUGCUGCUGCUGGCGGUGCGGGCAAGGGUGCGAAGAAGAGCGCUGCUGGUGCGGCUGCUGCUCCUAAUGCUGCUGGUGCGGGAGCGGAGAGCGCAGGCAGGCAGAAACAGGAGGGCGAGAAGGGCGGUAGAGACAAGGACAAGGACGGCAGGCCUGCCAAUGCUAAGCCCAAGUCUAAACCGCAUGGCAAGACGCCGAAACCGCAGCAGCAGCGGGACGGCAAGAAGUCUGCAACGCUGAAGGAAAAUGCCGCUCCUGCUGCACCAGCGGCAGCGGGCGUCGAAAAUACAGCUCCUGUUCCGCCUCCGGCGUCGGGUUCUGCGCCGACGGCACCUCGUGGUGGUGGUGGUGGUGGUGGUGGACGCCAUCAUCAUCGUCCCCGCGGUGGGAAGCAGGAUUUCGUGGGGAGGCAGCAGCAGCAUCAGCAGCAGCAGCAUAGAGCGUCUGCGGAUGCGACGAGAGCGUGAGAAGAGCGGAGAUUGUGGGAAGAGGAGGAGGGAGGAGGUGGUUGUGGUGAAGUGGGUUGGGUGUAGGAGUCACGCACGCAUCGGAACGCUUGUUUGCAUUUAUUCGAGCACGAGGAUUGGGCUUUCGCCUUCUGGUUCUGUCUUCUGCGUCUCAUUUUCUGGGUUGGAAGAAUGCGUGCGCUUGCCUGCUCUGCUCUACCGUCUUUCUCAUGCUUCUGCUUCUUCUUCAUCAUCUUCUUAUUCUUCUUCUCCGCUCUAGUGCUUCCUCCUCCCUAUUUUUAUCUUUAUCCUUUUCUUCUUAUCCUUCUCGUGGGCACGCCUGCGCGUGCUGCACGUAUAUACAUAUCCGAUAGACUCGCUUUUAGAUCAAGAAAGACGAAUACGCAUGCGCAUGGACGAGAGCUGGGCUGGGCUUGCGACGUGACAUGAUGCGAUGUGGGUGGCGAUGCUGUGUGUGAUAAUAGCGGGG